AUGCGUUUCACUCAGAUUCUUUCCUCCGCUGCGAUCGCUGGUGUUUCGCUAGCUACCCCUCUUGGCCACGAGCACCCUGCCCACAAGAGAGACGUGGCAUACGUGACCAACGUCAAGACCACCACUGUGUUCGGUACUGCUCCACAGCAGGUCGGUGGUCAAUCGACCACUGUGCAGCUGGACGCUUCCAACACCGUCGCCCAACAGGCUGCCACACAAUCGACCUCGUUGUCUGAGGUCUCGAGAGGUGUGGAGGCCGCCCCAACUGCCGCUGCCACUUCGACCGCUCCCGCUUCUUCGACCGUGGCAGCUUCUUCCUCGAGCGUCUCGUCGAGCAGCCCUUCUUCUGUCCCAGCCUCGAGCUCUUCGUCUUCUGCUCCAGCCGCUAGCUCCUCUUCAUCUGGUUCCGUCGGUUCCGGUGGAGCCAAGGGUAUCACCUACUCGCCUUACAGCAGCUCUGGUUCUUGUAAGAGCUCUUCUGACAUUGCCUCUGACUUGGCUCAACUCUCAGGCUACGACAUCAUCAGACUAUACGGUGUCGACUGCGACCAGGUCUCUGCUGUCUUGCAAAACAAGGGCUCCAGUCAAAAGGUGUUCCUAGGUAUCUACUACACCGAUGCCAUCCAGGACGGUGUCAACACCAUCCAGAGUGCGAUCAACGCCCACGGCUCUUGGGACGACGUCUACGCCGUUUCUAUCGGUAACGAAUUGGUCAACGCCGGUACUGCUUCUGUCUCUCAGGUUGGCUCGCUCGUUUCCGAGGGUAGAUCCGCACUUAAGAGCGCUGGCUACUCCGGUCCUGUCGUCUCUGUUGACACUUUCAUCGCUGUCAUCAACAACCCUGGUUUGUGCGAAUACUCAGACUUCAUGGCCGUCAACGCCCACGCCUACUUUGACUACAAUACCGCUGCCAGUGACGCUGGCACAUGGUUGAACGAACAAAUCGAGAGAGUCUGGGGUGCUUGCAACGGUAACAAGAAUGUCUUGAUUACCGAGUCUGGCUGGCCAUCUCAAGGUGAGACUUUGGGUAAAGCCGUUGCAUCGAAGCAAAACCAAGUUUCCGCCAUUAACUCUAUCAAGGCUUCGUGUGGUAACGCAGUCAUUUUGUUCACCGCCUUUAACGACUACUGGAAGGCCGACGGUGCCUACGGAUGCGAGAAAUACUGGGGUAUUUUGUCCAACUAG